UUUGUCCAGCUCUAUUGGAUAUGCAAAUUUAUUUAUAAUCUUAUAUAUAUAAAUUCUGUUUUUUUUUCUUAAUUCAGUGAAAAUAUUACUCAGCCCUUUUUUAAGUUUCCUUCACAUAUCUUUUCAUGUUUUCGUGCUGUUGUGUUUGUUAUGUUUAUGAAAAUUGCUACUGCGAUGCAGGCAUACGACAAAAGAAGUGCAAAUUAUGCGACAGCGUCUUGGAAAUGGCGACAUUGCGACAAAAGCAAUAAACCGUCUAUCCUCCGCAGACCCUAAGUAUAACAGGUGCAAAGCAGAUAGAUCAUAAAAACAAGUACGAUUAUAUAUGUACAUACCACAAAGUGCUUACAACGGCAGCUUGUUUUACUGUGUGUGCGACAGUUUAGCUCCUCGGUGUGUGUGUGUGUCUAUAGAAAGUGCGCACGUCAGGCGUUGACUAGUAAAUUAUGUCCAGAAUCACAUUGACCACGUUAGCGCACAGAGAAGGCAUCAACAUAACCGACAUUAACACCAGUGGGAGCGACAAUAGUAAAAACAGCGACAAUCGGACGGGCACUUUGACGCAUCUUAUGGAAGGACAUGAGACUCGUGGAGCAACGGGUCCAGGUGAAGGAACUGCGUCUGGGUUUAUAUCUGAUGGAGCGGACCACUUGCGACGCCAAAGCAGUCGUUUGCAGACUUCCCGUUUUGCCUGUCUUAGGAGCUGCGGCAACUUUCUUACAUAUCUGGUACGACUGCGCAGUACUCCUGACGAACUCGAACAACGUUAUAAGUCUAAAGAGAUCGAUAAAAUCUUGGAGAAGGAAAAACAUACGUUUCGACGUCAGGUCAAACUGCUCCUCCUAGGCGCUGGGGAAUCCGGAAAAUCGACAUUUCUCAAACAAAUGCGUAUCAUUCAUGGCAUAAAUUUUGAACCGGAGUUGCUACGUGAAUAUCGACAUGUGAUAUACCAAAAUGUUAUUAGGGGUAUGCAAGUCUUGCUGGACGCUCGGGAAAAGCUCAACAUACCGUGGGGAAGCGACGGCCGCGAGCAGGAUGCUAAUGACGCUAAAUUAAUGGAAUGUUAUUCAAUAGAGGCGCCUAGAUUUAUGGAAUACGCUCCAUUAAUACACCGACUGUGGCAAGAUCGGGGCAUUAGAAGAGCAUAUGAGAGAAGGCGUGAAUUUCAAAUUUGCGAUUCUGUUAGCUAUUUUCUAGACGGCAUUGAAAGGCUGGCCAACCCAAAUUAUGAACCCUCGCACAAAGAUAUUUUACACUGUCGCAAAGCAACUAAAGGUGUUUAUGAAUUUUGUGUGAAAAUACAGAACAUUCCAUUUGUAUUUGUUGAUGUGGGUGGACAGCGAACUCAGCGACAAAAGUGGACUAGAUGUUUUGAUACUUCUGUGACGUCGAUUAUAUUUUUGGUAUCUAGUUCAGAGUUUGAUCAGGUGCUUGCGGAAGACAGAAAAACAAAUCGCUUAGAUGAAUCAAAGAAUAUUUUCGAUACUAUUGUGAACAAUAACACAUUCAAGGGAAUUUCAAUUAUAUUAUUUUUGAAUAAGACCGAUUUGCUUGAACAGAAAGUCGGUAAUCCUGAGACUGAUAUUCGCUGGUAUUAUCCGCAAUUUAAUGGAAAUUCUCACUCGCUUAUGGAUGUCCAAAACUUUAUAUUGCAAAUGUUCAUGAACGUUCGCCGCACCAGCAGCCCCAGUAGGAUCUACCAUCAUUUUACCACUGCCAUUAAUACGCGCAAUAUUAAUAUUGUGUUUAAUUCUGUAAAGGAUACGAUAUUGCAGCGUAAUUUAAAUGCUCUUAUGUUGCAGUAGCGACAUUCAUAAAAUAUAACAGCAAUUAAAAAAAAAAAAACGUAAUAUAAUAUAAAUACAAGCAAAUAGGACUCAAUUUUUUAUAUAUAUAAUACCGACGAAUGUGCCUGAUGUCUGGAGAAUAUAUUCAAUUUUGAAAUGGACCCAAUUGUUGAUAACUUUUUAAAGAUGGUUAAACUAUUUAGUAAUUUGAAUUGAAUAAAAUUAUAUUACUACUUUA